CUCACUCUAGAAUGGGAAUGAGCCGCCCUCUCUCUCUCUUCUGUGCCUGCUCUGCCUCACCCUUUGGUUGUGAGUGUGUGUGUGUGUGGGAACAUGGAGAAACACAACAAGCCCCACGCCUCACUCUAGAAUGGGAAUGAGCCACCCUCUCUCUCUCUGCUGCGCCCGCUCUGCCUCACCAUCCUGUUGUGAGUCUGUGUGUGUGGGAACAUGGAGAAACACAACAAGCCCCACGCCUCACUCUAGAAUGGCAAUGAGCCGCCCUCUCUCUCUCUUCUGUGCCCACUCUGCCUCACCCUGUGUUUCUGAGUGUGUGUGUGUGUGUGAACACAGAGAAACACCACAAGCCCCAUGCCUCACUCCAGCUGUGGUGCAUCCGUGCUGGGUGAAGUAGGUAAGGCCAGAGCGGGAUUGCCAGGGGAGGGGCAGGCAGAGCUUCGGCGGGAGAUGAGGUUAGAGUAAUUGACGCCGCCCAGCAGGCAGUGGAAGAGGCAGGGGAUGCAUCAGUGUCGCCCGGAGCUGGCAGAGGUGUGAAUGAGUGGAGGCGACGCGCGCACUCCACUCCAAGUGUUCACCCUGGGAUGGUGGCGGCUCAGAGACCUGUGGACCCCUCCUUCCCAGGACAGAAUGGUGCUAUGCCCAGCGAGGCCACCGAGGAGGACCACAGCUGCCAACGGGGCAACUGGGGCAGCCAGAUCGAGUUUAUACUGAUGAGUGUGGGCUACGCCGUGGGCCUGGGCAGUGUCUGCUGCUUCCCAUACCUCUGCUAUCGCAAUGGGGGAGUGCCGGAACCAGCCGGCAACAUGAACAAGUUCCAAACUGCAACCGCACGGAGGCCUGAGAAAGAAGAACUGAAAGUAAAAGAAUGGGGUCGAGAGGGCUGA